GCAAGCUUCAUGCAAAGAAAAGUCUUUUCGUAUUUGCAAUUCGUCGAACGCCUCGCUGUCCGCGGAUUAUUCCUCUUUUCUACGGAUAAAGAUCGCGUGAAAGCAAAAUGAAACCGUUGAUGCUGCAAGGACAUCAGCGUGCCAUCACGCAAAUUAAGUAUAACAGGGAAGGCGAUUUGAUCUUUUCCGCCGCCAAGGAUAGUAAACCGUGCGUAUGGUACUCCCUGAACGGUGAACGGCUUGGUACGUUCAAUGGUCACAUCGGUGCCGUCUGGUGUGUUGACGUGGAUUGGACGUCAACCAGGUUGAUUACCGGUGCAGGUGACAUGAACACAUUCCUGUGGGAUGUAGAGACCGGUUCAGCUCUGGGAAAGAUUCCUUGCAAUUCGUCUGUGCGUACGUGUAAUUUCAGCUUCUCCGGCAAUCAGGCUUCGUACUCAACGGAUCGUGCUAUGAGCCAUCCGUGCGAGUUGUUCGUCAUCGAUGUACGAAACAUUGACGCGAGCAUUAGCAGUGCUGAUCCAGUAUUGAAGCUGACAAUGAACGAACAGCAAAGCAAGAUCUCCGCCAUGCUGUGGGGCGCGCUGGACGAAACGGUGAUCACUGGACACGAAAAUGGUUCAAUCCGUAUCUGGGAUCUGCGUGCUGUGAAGGAGCUGAAUUCGGUGAACGACCAUACAGCUAGCAUAACUGACAUGCAGAUGUCCAGCGAUGGCACGAUGUUCGUCUCGUCUUCGAAAGACUGCUCGGCCAAACUGUUCGAUUCGGAUUCUUUGAUGUGCUUGAAGACUUUCAAAACCGAGCGGCCCGUAAACUCGGCUUGUAUAAGCCCGCUGUUUGAGCAUGUUGCGUUGGGCGGAGGUCAAGACGCGAUGGAGGUCACCACGACAUCAACGCAGGCUGGAAAAUUCGAUUCACGGUUCUUCCACCUGGUCUACGAGGAAGAAUUUGCACGCGUUAAGGGCCAUUUCGGUCCAAUUAACAGUAUGGCAUUCCAUCCGGAUGGUAAAAGUUUUGCAACGGGCGGUGAGGACGGUUAUGUGCGUAUUCAAGUGUUUGAUUCAUCAUACUAUGAGCAUACAUUCGAGUAAAUCAAACGACGAGUGUGUCAGUCAGCUCUUCAGCUCUCGAUUUGGUGAACUAUAAAACAUUUAAAAACGACAGUAAUUAAGUGGUUGGAAGCGCUUCAUAAGUGUAUAGUGGUAACUCCCUUCAAAUCAUAAAUAACAGUUGCUAUACUCCGACGCUAGCAUCAUGUACUUUGAAGCCUGGCGUGAAAAGUCUUUGAGAAGUAAUAAACACAGGAGUGACGGUAGG